AAAGGCACAUUGCGUUGCUUGCUUGCCUGCUUUAGGUAGUGCGUGCCUAGUGCGUGCCUAGUGCUUGCCCACAGCAAACUUUUCCUCCUUUCCUUCCUAAUUGUAAUACCCCAACUUUGCAUUUUGGAUCCCUAGCUAGCUGGGGUAGGGUAGAAUAUAUGCAUACUGGAAUGAAGUGAAUUAGCCAGAGAAUUUUUAAAAAGUUAUUAUUACUAGAUAGAAAAGGAUAGGAUUGAAUAAAAAUAGGAUGGCCUUCAACAACAAACCCAAGAAGCCUCAUCUCAUCUCAUUCCAUUCUAAUGUCUUCACUACUCUUCUCUUCAUACUUGCCUUCACCGUUCCUCUCUUGUUUCUUAUCCUUCAUACCUCUACUUCCUACCUCUGCAAACCCCCUUUUGCCUCCAACAAAGUUAAGUCUUGGUCUGGCGACCUGCGGAAUACCCUGUUUGCCUGGAAUCGUCUUCCUUUCCCCCAUAUUCAAUCUCCCCCUGUCACGCUCAAAAUUGCUGUUUUUUCACGAAAAUGGCCUAUUGGCACCACCCCUGGCGGCAUGGAGCGCCAUGCUUACACCUUGCACACCGCUUUAGCUCGCCGCGGCCAUCGUGUUCAUGUGUUUACGUCCCCUAUAGUCAAUAACAACGGACACCACCCUGAUGUCCUGACAACAUCUAAUGAUUCCCCACGAAUUCACUGCCAUGAAGGUGAAGCUGGCAAGUGGCAAUACAACAAAGCUUGGGAGCUCUUUAAUGAUGAAAACCAGCGUCAACCAUUCGAUGUCAUCCAUUCGGAAAGUGUGGCUCUUCCUCAUUCUUUGGCUCGCAAUCUCAAGAAUCUUGCUGUUUCAUGGCACGGUAUAGCCCUUGAAAGCUUAGAAUCCAGCAUAUUCCAAGAUUUAACUCGUAAGCCCAAUGAACCCAUGUCGCCUGCUUUCAACGCUAGUUUAUAUGGGGUCGUCCCCAAAGUGCUUAACGAAAUAAGAUUCUUCCACAACUACGCUCAUCAUGUGGCAAUCAGUGAUAGUUGCGGGGAGAUGUUGAGGGAUGUGUAUCAGAUUCCAAGGAAAAGAGUUCAUGUCAUCCUCAACGGUGUCGAUGAAAAUGGCUUUGGAAACGACUUAUCCCUGGGCCUUGACUUCAGGUCUAAAAUCGGUGUCCCCAAAAAUGCUAGUUUGGUGCUUGGUGUGGCCGGAAGAUUGGUGAAGGAUAAAGGGCACCCUUUGCUCUACGAAGCUUUCUCCAGGCUCAUAACAAAGCACCCCGAUGUGUAUUUGCUGGUAGCGGGGAGCGGACCAUGGGAGCAACGAUACAAGGAUUUAGGGGCCCGCGUACAAGUUUUAGGUUCAAUGAGCCCAUCCCAACUGAAGGCAUUUUACAAUGCUAUUGACAUUUUUGUGAACCCAACGCUGAGGCCUCAAGGAUUAGAUCUGACACUGAUGGAAGCAAUGAUGAGCGGGAAAGCGGUGAUUGCAUCGAGGUUCCCGAGCAUCAAAGGCAGUAUUGUUGUUAAUGAUGAGUUGGGUUUCAUGUUUUCGCCAAAUGUGGAUUCACUAGUAGAGGCGUUAGAGGAGGUGGUGAAAGAAGGUCCAAAGAGGGUAGCACAAAGGGGAAAGGCAUCUCGGGAAUAUGCAGCUUCCAUGUUCACAGCAAGCAAGAUGGCAUUGGCGUAUGAGAGAUUGUUUCUUUGUAUAAAAAAUGACACAUUUUGUGUUUAUCCCUAGGAUAUACAUAUACAUAUAUGCAAGUCUAUACGACUAUUGCUUUUUACUCUAGUGAAUUCAUUGCUGCAUUUUAUUUUCAUUUAAAAUUAAGAUUUCAGACAAUUAAUACAAGAGCUGGAUUGAAGACA